CACUUGGCAUUCACAAAUUACCAAAGCCCGUGUCCUGUUCGAGUUUCUCUGAACCAACAAGCCCUCAAUCUGGUCGGCACACCAACAGGUGCUCUCUUACGCCGCCCAACGCACAUGAACUUGUUCAAACGUUUCUUCUCUGAGACGUACUGUAUCUUCUUCUGAGGUCUUAAGGAGAGGAAUAUUUGGGACGUCUUCUCAGAGUUGCAAUUUUUCUACUAAAGGCUAUAUAGUUGAUUGAAUGCAGUAUUGGUGUUGGUGAUUAACUAAGAAAAUGAUGGAGGAGACUAAGAAUUUGGACCUUGAUCGAAGCAUAAAGAAGGAGGCUCCUCAAUUAGCUGCACUGCUGAAAGAAAUGAAAGGAGUGUUGGAUACAGUGACAAGUAAGGUGCAGGCUUUAACUGCUAAGGUGAAAGCAAAUGACUUUCCAACAGCAGGCGGAAUAAGCUAUCUUGAGGCUAAACAUUUGCUGCUCCUAAACUAUUGCCAAUCACUUGUAUAUUAUUCGCUUCGCAAGGCAAAAGGCUUGUCAAUUGAGAAACAUCCUGUAGUUCAGAGCCUUAUAGAGAUUCGGUUGUUUUUGGAGAAGAUUCGGCCAAUUGACCAAAAAAUGGAAUACCAAGUUCAAAAGCUCACCAGGGAUAUUGGGCGUGCAGCGGAGCAACUAAAUCUGAAGGAAAAGGAAUCAGAGGCAACUGAGAAAUCGGAGGAUUUGUUGAAAUAUCAUCCAAACCCAGAAAUGUUGGUCAGCAGAUCUGAUAUGAUGGCUGAGGAUGGUAAUGCUGUGUAUCGACCACCAAAAAUUGCUCCCACUCUCAUGGAGGAGGAUAAGAUGUCAAAACAGGAAAGAAAUGCCUUGAGAAGGGAGAAAGAGACUCAGCGACGAGCUAAGGAGGGCUAUAUGAAAGACUUGAUAGAUGAUUUGGAGGGAAGACCUGAAGAGGUUAGAGAAAAUGUUGGAAAUGAGAGUAGGGAAUUUAUUAGAUAUCAGCAGCAAUGGGAAGAACGUGCCCAACGAGAAGAGGAGCUCUUUACACGUGCUCCUGUUACAAAGAUGGAGAAGAAGAAGGAGAAGCAUUUAAAGAAAUCAAGAGAUGGAUUGCUUGCUUUGACUGAUGGUUUCUUUGAUGAAAUUAAAACCUUACCCUUGGAAGGUGAUACUGGUGAUCAAACAAAAAACUUCAACAAUGGUAGCAGUGCAACUGGAAGACUGAAAAAACGGAAGAGGCGAUAUUAAGGACAAGAAUUGAAAUCCUUGGAUGUGCAAGUGGAUGAAACCAGAAGUUGCAUUUCAGUGAUAUUUUCGAGCUGUUCAAUAGAGGAAGUAAUUCGAGGUUCAAAGGACAUGACAUGUACUGAACAAUUAUUGGGUCCUCGUAUGCAAUCUUUUGCCAAAUCAUGUAGUGGAGUAUUCUCUGGAGUUCUUUGGCUGCGGGAAUGCGUUUAUUGCGUUAUGUGUCAUCUUUGAAUUGAAUUUAUUUACAUGUGUUUAUAAUGCUGGCCCUCUUGCGAUA